AUGGGAUCUCAAGGUGGGGCAGUCCAAGAGCCGAAGAGUGGGUCUUUGACAAGGCAAGGGUCUUUGUACAAUCUCACCCUUGAUGAGGUGCAUAACCAGCUUGGAAAUUUGGGGAAACCCUUAGGAAGCAUGAAUCUUGAUGAGCUGCUCAAGAGUGUGUGGACUGCUGAAUCUGGAAUAGAUGCAUACAUGCAGCAAGGUCAGGUGGCUUCUGCUGGGUCAUCUUUGAAUCCUCAAGGGAGCCUAACAUUGUGUGGGGAUCUUAGCAAGAAAACUAUUGAUGAGGUUUGGAGAGAUAUGCAGCAGAAGAAGAGUGCUAGUCAGGAAAGAGAAAGACAGCCUGCACUGGGUGAGAUGACGCUGGAGGAUUUCUUGGUGAAGGCUGGUGUGACUACUGAACCUUUCUCUAAUGAGGAUAGUUCGAUGGCCAUGUCAGGGGUUGAUUCCCAACACAACACAUCACAGCAUGCUCAUUGGCUGCAAUACCAGUUCACUUCAGUGCAGCAACAGCCACAACAACAGCAUCAGCAUCAAAAUCAGCAGAAUAGUGUGAUGCCGGGUUUUUCAGGUUUUAUGGCUGUUCAACAGCGUAUGCCGGUUAUGGUGAAUCCGGUUCUGGAUGCAGGAUACGCCGAAGCAGUUCCAUCUUCUUUGAUGGGUGCCUUAUCAGAUUCACAAACAGCAGGUAGGAAAAGGGUUGCCUCCGGUAAUGUGGUUGAGAAAACUGUUGAGAGGAGGCAGAAGAGGAUGAUUAAAAAUAGGGAAUCCGCCGCGCGGUCCCGGGCUAGAAAACAGGCAUACACACAAGAACUGGAGAUUAAAGUUUCGCUUUUAGAAGAAGAGAAUGAAAGGCUUAGAAGACUGAAUGAGAUAGAGAAGGUUUUGCCAAGUGCACCACCACCUGAUCCUAUGCAUCAGCUUCGCAGAACUAGUUCAGCUCCCCUUUGA